AUGGACCCAAGUAUGGGUGUGAAUUCUGUUACCAUCUCUGUUGAGGGUAUGACUUGCAAUUCCUGUGUUUGGACCAUUGAGCAGCAAAUUGGAAAAGUGAAUGGCGUGCAUCACAUUAAAGUUUCACUGGAAGAAAAAAAUGCAACUAUUAUUUAUGACCCUAAACUACAGACCCCAAAGACCCUACAGGAAGCUAUCGACGACAUGGGCUUUGAUGCUAUUCUCCAUAACCCUAACCCUCUCCCUGUUUUAACUGACACCGUGUUUCUGACUCUUACUGCUUCACUGGCUCCACCAUGGGACUAUAUCCAAAGCACAUUGCUCAAGACCAAGGGUGUGACAGAUGUUAAAAUUUCCCCUCAGCAAAGAACUGCAGUAGUGACAAUAAUCCCUUCUAUAGUGAAUGCCAAUCAGAUAAUAGAGCUGGUUCCAGAUCUCAGUUUAGACAUUGGAACACUGGAGAAAAAGUCAGGAAAUUGCGAAGAUCAUAGUAUGGCUCAAGCAGGUGAAGUCAUGCUGAAGAUGAAAGUGGAAGGGAUGACCUGCCAUUCGUGCACUAGCAGCAUCGAGGGAAAAAUUGGGAAACUUCAAGGUGUUCAGCGAAUUAAAGUCUCCCUGGACAACCAAGAAGCUACUAUUGUUUAUCAACCUCAUCUCAUUACAGUAGAGGAAAUAAAAAAACAGAUUGAAGCUAUGGGCUUUCCAGCAUUCAUCAAAAAACAGCCCAAGUGCCUAAAAUUGGGAGCUAUUGAUGUGGAGCGUCUAAAGAACACACCAGUCAAAUCCUCAGAAGGAUCACAGCGAAGGAGUCCAUCAUACACCAGUGACUCAACAGCCACUUUCAUCAUAGAUGGCAUGCAUUGUAAAUCAUGUGUGUCAAAUAUUGAAAGUGCUUUAUCUACACUCCAAUAUGUAAGCAGCAUAGUAGUUUCUUUAGAGAAUAGGUCUGCCAUUAUAAAGUACAAUGCAAGCUCAGUCACUCCAGAAGCCCUGAGAAAAGCAAUAGAAGCUGUAUCACCAGGGCAAUAUAGAGUUAGCAUUGCAAGUGAAGUUAAGAGUACCCUGAACUCUCCCUCCAGCUCAUGUCUUCAAAAGAUUCCUUUGGACAUAGUUAGCCAGCCUCUGACACAAGAAACUGUGAUAAACAUUGAUGGCAUGACUUGUAAUUCUUGUGUGCAAUCUAUUGAGGGUGUCAUAUCAAAAAAGGCAGGUGUAAAAUCCAUACGAGUCUCCCUUGCAAAUAGCAGUGGGACUGUUGAGUAUGAUCCUCUACUAACCUCUCCAGAAACCUUGAGAGAUGCAAUAGAAGACAUGGGAUUUCAUGCUACCUUGUCAGACACACCUCCAAAUGAGCCAUUGGUGGUAAUAGUUCAGCCCUCAUCGGAAAUGCCUCUUUUGACUUCAAUUAAUGAAUGUUAUCCUAAAAUGAUGACAGUAUCGCAUGACAAUCAGGAGGCAAAGACUUCAUCUAAGUGUUACAUACAGGUUACUGGCAUGACUUGUGCUUCCUGUGUAGCAAACAUCGAACGGAAUUUAAGAAGAGAAGAAGGAAUACAUUCCGUACUUGUGGCACUGAUGGCUGGCAAGGCAGAAGUAAGGUAUAAUCCUACUGUUAUACAACCCCCAAUAAUAGCAGAGUUCAUCCGAGAGCUUGGAUUUGGAGCCUCUGUGAUAGAAAAUGCUGAUGAAGGGGAUGGUGUGUUGGAACUUGUUGUGAGAGGAAUGACAUGUGCCUCUUGUGUACAUAAAAUAGAGUCUACCCUCACAAAACUCAAAGGCAUCUUCUAUUGCUCUGUGGCCCUGGCAACCAACAAAGCACAUAUUAAAUAUGAUCCAGAAAUUAUUGGUCCCAGAGAUAUUAUCCAUACAAUUGAAAGUCUAGGUUUUGAAGCUUCUUUGGUCAAGAAGGAUCGGUCAGCAAGUCACCUAGACCAUAAACGAGAAAUAAUUCAAUGGAGACGGUCCUUUCUUGUAAGCCUGUUUUUCUGUAUUCCUGUAAUGGGGCUGAUGAUAUAUAUGAUGAUUAUGGACCACCACCUUGCAACUUUUCACCAUAAUCAGAACAUGAGUGAAGAAGAAAUGAUCAACAUUCAUUCUUCCAUGUUUCUGGAGCGGCAGAUCUUGCCAGGAUUGUCCAUUAUGAAUUUCCUGUCCUUUUUAUUGUGUGUACCUGUACAGUGUUUUGGAGGCUGGUACUUCUACAUUCAGGCUUACAAAGCACUGAAGCAUAAAACAGCGAAUAUGGAUGUACUGAUUGUGCUGGCAACCACCAUUGCAUUUGCCUACUCCUUGGUUAUUCUUCUGGUUGCAAUGUAUGAGAGAGCCAAAGUGAACCCUAUUACUUUCUUUGAUACACCUCCUAUGCUAUUUGUAUUUAUUGCACUAGGACGAUGGCUGGAACAUAUAGCAAAGGGCAAAACAUCAGAGGCUCUUGCAAAGCUAAUUUCACUACAAGCUACAGAAGCAACUAUUGUAAAUCUUGACUCUGAUAAUAUCCUCCUGAGUGAAGAACAAGUGGAUGUGGAACUUGUACAACGUGGAGACAUCAUUAAGGUCGUUCCAGGAGGCAAAUUUCCAGUGGAUGGUCGUGUUAUUGAAGGACAUUCUAUGGUAGAUGAGUCCCUCAUCACAGGGGAGGCAAUGCCUGUAGCUAAGAAACCUGGCAGCACAGUGAUUGCUGGUUCCAUUAACCAGAAUGGGUCAUUACUUAUCCGUGCAACCCAUGUUGGAGCAGAUACAACCCUUUCUCAAAUUGUCAAACUUGUGGAGGAGGCACAAACAUCAAAGGCUCCUAUCCAACAGUUUGCAGACAAACUUAGUGGCUAUUUUGUUCCUUUUAUCGUUUUUGUUUCCAUCGCUACCCUCUUGGUAUGGAUUAUAAUUGGAUUUCUGAAUUUUGAGAUUGUGGAAACCUACUUUCCUGGCUACAAUAGAAGCAUCUCCCGAACAGAAACGAUAAUACGCUUUGCUUUCCAAGCCUCUAUCACAGUUCUGUGUAUUGCGUGUCCCUGUUCACUGGGCCUGGCCACUCCAACUGCUGUGAUGGUGGGUACGGGAGUAGGUGCUCAAAAUGGCAUACUAAUCAAAGGUGGAGAGCCAUUGGAGAUGGCUCAUAAGGUAAAGGUAGUGGUAUUUGAUAAGACUGGAACCAUUACUCAUGGAACCCCAGUAGUGAAUCAAGUAAAGAUUCUAGUGGAAAGUAACAGAAUAUCACGCAAUAAGAUCCUGGCCAUUGUGGGAACUGCUGAAAGUAACAGUGAACACCCUCUAGGAGCAGCUGUAACCAAAUACUGCAAACAGGAGCUGGACACUGAAACCUUGGGUACCUGCAUAGAUUUCCAGGUUGUGCCAGGCUGUGGUAUUAGCUGUAAAGUCACCAAUAUUGAAGGCUUGCUACAUAAGAAUAACUGGAAGAUACGGGAAAAUAAUAUUAAAAAUGCAUCCCUGCUUCAAAUAGAUGCAAGUAAUGAACAGUCAUCAACUUCAUCUUCCAUGAAUAUUGAUGCCCAGCUCUCAAAUGUUCCUAAUGCUCAGCAGUACAAAGUCCUCAUUGGUAACCGGGAGUGGAUGAUUAGAAAUGGUCUCGUCAUUAAUAAUGACGUAGAUGAUUCCAUGAUUGAACACGAGAGAAGAGGUCGGACUGCCGUAUUGGUGGCAGUUGAUGAUGAGCUGUGUGGCUUGAUAGCCAUUGCUGACACAGUGAAGCCUGAAGCAGAAUUGGCUGUCCAUAUUCUGAAAUCCAUGGGCUUAGAAGUAGUUCUGAUGACUGGAGACAACAGUAAAACAGCUAGAUCUAUUGCUUCUCAGGUUGGCAUUACUAAAGUAUUUGCUGAAGUUCUACCCUCUCACAAGGUUGCCAAGGUGAAGCAACUUCAAGACGAGGGGAAACGGGUAGCCAUGGUGGGGGAUGGAAUCAAUGACUCCCCAGCGCUGGCAAUGGCUAACGUUGGGAUUGCCAUUGGCACAGGCACAGAUGUAGCCAUUGAAGCAGCUGAUGUGGUUUUGAUAAGGAAUGAUCUUCUGGAUGUAGUGGCAAGUAUUGACUUAUCAAGGAAGACAGUCAAGAGGAUUUGGAUAAAUUUUGUCUUUGCUCUAAUUUAUAAUCUGGUUGGAAUUCCCAUAGCUGCUGGAGUUUUUAUGCCCAUAGGUUUGGUUUUGCAGCCCUGGAUGGGAUCUGCAGCAAUGGCUGCUUCGUCUGUUUCUGUAGUACUUUCUUCUCUCUUUCUUAAACUUUACAGGAAACCAAGUUAUGAGAAUUAUGAGCUGCAUGCCCGGAGCCAGAUAGGACAGAAGACUCCUUCUGAAAUCAGCAUUCAUGUUGGAAUAGAUGACACUUCAAGAAAUUCUCCUAAACUGGGUGUGCUGGACCGGAUUGUUAAUUACAGCAGAGCCUCCAUAAACUCACUACUGUCUGAUAAACGUUCCCUGAACAGCAUCGUUCCCAGUGAACCUGACAAGCACUCACUCCUGGUGGGAGACUUCAGGGAAGAUGAUGACACCGCCUUGUAAAAGGCCACAGAGAAUGCUACUAGUUUAAUUUGUCAUGCACUGACACAGCAUUCAUGAUGCCACAUUUGCUUUGCAAAAUAUUGUGAAAGGAUUUUAUGUUGGUCUCAUGCUCUUACAUUAGGCAUUCUAUUUGAGUUACGUUUGUCUAAUGGCAAAAGUAUCUUUUUCAGGGCAUCAGCUCUAAACCUAGCUUUAUUUAAAUUGAAUUUCCAGGAUUUUUUGUUUUCACUAGCAACAGAUAAGGUAGAGCAGUGAGUUUUACAACAAGCCCUACAAUUAGAGCUUGCUGAAUUGCUGCUAAAGUGAUAGAUAUUUUUUAUUUGACCAAAAAAAGAAAAAAAGCCCAA